AUGUUCCGGCGCAAGUGGACCGGCCUCCCAGCAGACCCGGAUUUUCCGGCAGACCUAGAGGCAUUGGGAUACUUCGUCAAUCCUGACGACGAGAUCCGCUCCAUCGCCAACAAUGACAACUACUUCAAGUUCUUCAUCAGCCGCAACCCACGCUGGAACGAUCGGCAGAGAUAUGCGAUGAAUGAGGCAUGCGGGAAGAUUAUCCAAUCUCGCCUCCAAGACCUCGGCCUAGAGAAGCACAUGCUGCCACUCGGCGCCGAAUCAUCCAAAAACAAGCCACGUCUCCCCAUCUUCGCUAGCAAGUCAAUCGCCGGCGCAUCGCGCGUGGUCCUCAUCUUUGGCGAGUCCACGCAGGAUCUGGGCGUUCUUGCCCACCGCGUUAUCGGGGGCCCUGGCGGCAUCAACAAGGGCAGCAUGGUCUCCAUCGUCCAGAGCAUCCUCUCGCAGCGUGCUUCGCCCGGCGACGACCGCCCGCCAGCCGUGCUCCUAGCAAACUGCGGCCAGCUCAUGUGGCUUCCCUCUCUGCUCAAGACGCUGAGUCCAUCGGCCUGGGACGCGACGCGCAUGAAGAGCGCCGUUCACCUGGGCAAUCUGUAUACGCGCGAGGUGAACUCCGUGCCGGGCAACCGCACGGUGGCCGAGCACGUAAAGUACAUCUUUGAGGAUGUCCUGCCUGCGCUGCUUGGACCUGACAGCACCGCGCGGCUCGACGUCAUUGGCGUGGGCGAUGGCGCGGAUGCAGUGGAGAGGUAUCUUGACGACGAUCAAGUCUGGAGCCGGCUCGACGGCAGGCUGAACUGCAUGGCACUCGUGGGGGGCUUGUUUGCGAUCUGGGAGGUCAAAACGGCCGGGCUGAAGGCGUUUCUACGAGAUCGGGCGCGAAAUUACGCACUCUCAAUGGAGCCGUUGAACACCCCAAUCUCGGGCCCCGACGGGAACACGAAGACCACCGCCUUUACCGGCCUCGGCUGCCCGGUGCUCAGCUCUGGCGAGCCGAACUACACCGAAUGCACCCUGAUCCGGGCCGCAGGCGCCGUGCUCGACUGGAUUCAAGAAGUCAGCCUCUGCACCAUCGUGGCGGACACUGCCACCACCGUCCCGAACACUAGCUCGGAGCGUGGUAGUCGUGCUCACGAGGAGGAGGAGGAUGAAGAAGUGAGCAGUAAUGUGUCCAAUACAAGCAUGGCCGGAAGCUUCUAUGAGAGCAGCAUUGACGGCAACAGCAACGGUGGUCCCCGUGGUGAUCGUGACAGAGAACACUUGAUCAACACGUACAAGAACCCCGUUUUCGACGUCACCUAUGCGGAUCCAGACUACGAGCUGCGAGGCUCCGACGAGGUGGAGACCUGGAACGGCUGGGAAGGUCCAGGAGAUGUCCUCGUGUCGUCCUUGGCUGGCCUCGACGUCGCCGAUGACCACGACAAGCACGCCUCUCAGUGA